CGCUGUUCGUUUAUCAUCCGAACAAAGAAGUAGAAAAAUAAUCAUCAUCAUCGUCAAUAUUGAAUCUUAAAUUGAUCCAGAUUGAAACAGCAGAAUAAAUUUUUUUAUUUCAAAAAAUUAUUUCAACAUUUUAAUUCAAGUUCAAAAUUCUUUCUAUUAAUCAAUUUUUUUGUUGAAUCUUUUGUUGUUGAAAUCAAAAACAAAAAACAAAAAAAUGCUUAACGUUGAAACAGUGAGAAAAAUUUCACCAACAUCAAUGGAAUCGAUUCAUCCAUCAUUACGAAGAAAAAGCAGUACUAUUAAACCGGUAAAAGAAGAAGUGUUAUAUUUAAGUAAAUCAUUACAAUUGACUGAAUAUACAUUUGAAGAUGAAAAUGGUAAAGCUAAAUCAGCUGAAGUAAUACAUAAACGUUAUAUGGUUGGUGUUAAUAACAAUAAUAAUGAUAUACAAGAAGAUACAAUAUUAAGUAUUGCUAUUUUAAAACGACAUUGUUUAUGCGAUUGUUUAAUUCUUGUACGACGUUAUCGUCCAACAUUAAAAUCGUAUGCAUUGGAAUUUCCAGCACGUAUUAUUGAACAACGUUAUAGUGAUAAAAGUGGUGAUGAAGCAGCUAAAGAAAUUGAAGAAAAUACUGGAUAUGGUUCAACUAAAGUUAAAUAUAUUUCACCACAAACAGCAACAGAUCCAGAAUUAUGCGAUAGUAAAGUAAAACUUGUAUCAAUGAUAAUCGAUGGUGAUGAUCCGAUAAAGAAUAAUUUUUUUCAUGCAAAAAAUCCACAAAAUAAUUCAGAUCAACAACAACAACAAGAACAGCAAGAACAACAACAAAAUGGCCAUCAUAAUGAUGAUGAUAAUGAUAUUGAAAUAAUAUUAUUACCAAUUAAUGGACUUUUGGAUCGUUUAAAUGAAUAUUAUAAUAAUGGUACAAUUGUUGAUUCACGUGUUUAUGCAUUUGCAAUUGGUUUGAAAAAAGGUGAAAAAUUAAGUGAAAAUGUUGCACAACCGGAAAAUAUUGAAAUUGCCAUCUAAAAUGUUGAAUUUUUCAACUUAUCUUUUCUUCAAUAAAA